CGUCAUAAUGACAAAUGUGCACAUGUAUAAAUAUCUAUAAUUAUAAACAGAAGGUGUGAUGAUUUCUUUGAGACCAGUCUUCCUCUUUCGUACAGUUAUAUCCAGGUGUGCUGCAAUGAUUAGCAAUGGUGGCCAACCUGGCUGUAAAGCCACAGGACUAAAUUGCCAAUUGUCGACAUCAUCUCAAUCGAACCAAGGUGGUCAGAACCAAUCACCCAUCGAUAUCGUUACAUCACAGACAACAAAAGGCUCCAAACUAAAGCCGCUGAUUUUCAACGCUGGAUGGGAUCAAACAGUGUCUGGAACAGUGGAAAACACUGGCUACUACCUCAAGUUUACUGCUGAUUCCACUGCUGAUAAAUGCACCCUCAAGACGUACAACGGUGACUACGUCCUCGACCAGUUUCACUACCACUGGGGCCAAUGUGACGGUGAGGGGGCGGAGCAUUACAUGGACGGGAAGCAGUACGAUAUUGAGUUCCAUUUCGUUCACAAGAAAGUCGGAUUGACUGACCCUACAGCUAAGGAUGCAUUCUCAGUUUUGGGUGUCUUUGGAAAAGCAGAUUCUGGUGCCAAAAUGACUGGAGUUUGGGAAAAGCUCUCACCAUUGAAUGUUCUUCGCUGCGGCUCAAAGAAAAACAUUGGUGAUGUAGUUCAGUCGAACCUCCUUCCGAAAAUGAAAGACUACUUCCACUAUGAAGGCUCUCUGACUACCCCUAGCUAUUCUGAGGUUGUGCACUGGUUUGUGUUGAAGGAGCCCAUUUCUGUGCCUAGUGAGUAUCUGGAGGCUCUGAGGAGAAUGGAGAAAGAUGAUGGAAAGACAAUCUGUAAUAACUUCAGAGAAUUGCAAGAUGUCUGCUCUCGCACUGUGGAGAGAUUUGAAACUGAACACUGAACAUUAAAUGCUAGAUUUAUUUAUUUUGUGCUCCUUCCAGUAUACUAUAAUAACGUUUUGACUGUACCAUAGAUAGUAGAGGUAGGAAUCCUCUACUAUCUAUGAGAAUAAAAAGUGUGCAAUUUGAGCCCCA